GGGGGGGGGGAAGAGACGGGAGGGCUGAACGUGGAGCCGCCCCCCCCCCUCCGGCGGUGUAAGAGGAUCCGGCCUGGACUCAGGGUGCGAGACAACAAGACCAAUAACCCCCAAAGCGAGGAAGAGGAAGAGGGAGGAGGGAGAAGCCAAGGAGUCAGGGGGGCGGGGUUUUGCGAGAAGCUAUUGGCUUCAGGCUGCGUCAGUCAUUUCACUUCCUCCCUGGCGGUGGCGAGAUCACAUAUGAGAGGGCAUGAGAGGGGGAGAGGGAGGCACCCUCAGACGGCUCUCGCACUCGGAGUGUUUUUUCACGAAAAAGACUGAGCUGGGGCUGAAACUGAAACAGGGCAACGCUCGUAAAAGUGCAGUCUCUUGCUCUCCUUCAUUCUCACAGUUUCCUGUUUAAGGAGGCCAUUUUGUAACUCAGCCUGGAGAAGAGGCACAACAAAGUUUGGCAUUUGUUUUUGUUUUGUCUCCUUCUCCCACGGCUGGUGAGUUUCUCAAUCAAGUGUGGACUUUCUCCCCUUCACGCCAACUUCUCUAGGCGAAGGAGGACACGCACACACACACACGCGCACACACACACACACACACACACUGCUCGUGCCUGUCUCACCGGGACAAUAACAGGAGUGUGAAGAGGGGACAGCGCGAAAGAAGUGGCAGCAAGGAAGAAAAGAAAGAGAACACACAACUUCCUGGAUAAGGAUUUCUUCCCUGAUUGGGUGUGUGGACACAGAGGAACCAGGACUCUCUGCUCAGCGUGUGUGUCCAUGUGUCAGUGUGUGAGCCCCUCUCUCCUCCACUGAGACCGUUUGAAUGAAUGUGGCUUUUCUGAGAACUUGUGUGCGUGCAUGUUGAGAGCCAGACUCUGAAUGGCUAACGCGAGCCCUUGUAUGUCCUCGGGGGCCAUGGCCCAGGUCUUUUUCCCCCCUGGGUGCUCCUCCCCACCAGGCUCAGCUGUGAUGCAGCACGGGACCCCCAUAUCCGUGCCCCCUGUGCCUGCUCAGGGUAGUUUCCCUCUGAUGGACCUGACACCGGGCCAGGGUCCUAGUGGGGCUGUGAUACCCGCGCAGCCUCCCCCUCCAGGGGUGUCCUUCAUCAUCCAGAUCGGCUUGACUAGAGAGUCUGUCCUGAUGCCCCAGAGUGCUGACCUGGCCUAUGUGAAACAAAUCGCCUGCUCCAUUGUUGACACCAAGUUCCCAGAGUGCGGUUUCUAUGGCAUUUACGACAAGAUUUUGCUGUUCAAGCACGACACCACCACCAACAACAUCCUGCAAUUGGUUAACGGUGCCAGUGACAUUGAGGAGGGAGACCUUGUGGAGGUGGUGCUCUCUGCGGCGGCCACGUUUGAAGAUUUCCAGAUUCGGCCCCAUGCACUCAACGUGCACUCAUACCGGGCCCCAGCCUUCUGUGAUCACUGUGGAGAGAUGCUCUUUGGGCUGGUCAGACAAGGACUCAAGUGUGACGGAUGUGGACUUAACUACCACAAGCGCUGUGCAUUCAGCAUCCCAAACAACUGCAGUGGAGCUCGCAAACGUCGUCUGUCCACAACCUCCCUGAGCAGCAGCCAGUCCCUGCGUCUCUCUACCACUGACUCGGUGUACAGUUUAGGGACGGCCUCCAACUGCUCAGAGGACGCCAGCCUUAUUCGCUCACACACACAAAUGCCACGGACCCCUAGUGACCCCCGGCGCUUCUACACAGGCCGACCAGUUCAUUUAGACAAGAUCCUGAUGAGCAAGGUUAAGGUGCCGCACACGUUCGCUGUCCACUCGUACACGCGGCCAACGGUGUGUCAGUACUGCAAGAGGCUUCUCCGAGGUCUGUUCCGGCAAGGCCUCCAGUGCAAAGACUGCAAGUUUAACUGCCAUAAACGCUGUGUGUACAAGAUUCCUAAUGACUGCCUCGGGGAGACCAUUGGAGAAAACAGAAGUAACUGCGACAUGUUGAGUCCCUGUGCUGACCCGGAGGUGCCAAUGGACUACAGCAGUGAGUACGACGCCUCAGACAAGUCUUCAAUAGAUGACUCGGACGAGUCCUGCAGCAUCCCUGGGUCCUUCUCUCCUGACAACAACCAGGACGGAGCCAGCGGAGACCAGAGUGUUUACAUCCCGUUAAUGAGGGUGGUGCAGUCGGUGAGACAGACAACCCGUCGAUCCAGUACGGCUAUCAAGGAAGGAUGGGUGGUUCACUACAGCAAUAAGGACACACUGAGAAAGAGGCACUAUUGGCGUCUGGACUGUAAGUGCAUCAUCCUAUUUCAGAACAACACCACCAACAAAUACUACAAGGAGAUCCCUCUGUCCGAGAUCCUGGAGGUGCGUCCUGCUGGCAACUUCACUCUGAUCCCCACAGGAACAAAUCCUCACUGCUUUGAGCUCAUCACAGGCACUAUGUGCUACUUUGUAGGGGAGGACCCCAACGCCCUUCCCACUCUGUCCCCCAGCAACCCCCAGCCUCUCCUUCAGACCCCUCCCUCCCCCAACCAAGUAGCACCUAACAGCGGCAUUGGGCGCGAGGUGGCCAAGGCGUGGGAGAGCGCCAUUCGCCAGGCUCUCAUGCCAGUCAUCUUUCAGGAUGCACCACCAGCUGCGGGGAACACAACUCACAGACAAGCUUCUAUCAGCAUAUCUGUGUCCAACAGUCAAAUCCAAGAAAAUGUGGAUAUUGGUACAGUGUACCAGAUAUUUGCUGAUGAAGUCCUUGGAUCUGGGCAAUUUGGAGUAGUGUAUGGAGGAAAGCAAAGGAAGUCGGGCAGGGAUGUAGCCGUCAAAGUCAUUGACAAGCUUCGCUUUCCCACCAAGCAGGAAAGCCAGCUGAGGAACGAGGUGGCCAUACUGCAGAGUUUACGUCACUUGGGCAUUGUGAACCUGGAGUGCAUGUUUGAGACUCCAGAGAAAGUGUUUGUGGUGAUGGAGAAGCUGCAUGGUGACAUGCUGGAGAUGAUCCUCUCCAGUGAGAAAGGGAGAUUGCCUGAGCGGCUCACUAAGUUCCUUAUCACACAGAUUCUUGCAGCUCUGAGACAUCUACACUUUAAGAACAUCGUUCACUGUGAUCUGAAACCAGAGAAUGUGCUGCUGGCCUCUGCUGAUCCCUUCCCCCAGGUGAAGUUGUGUGACUUUGGUUUCGCUCGCAUCAUUGGCGAAAAGUCUUUCCGACGCUCUGUGGUCGGCACUCCGGCAUACCUGGCUCCGGAGGUUCUGCUGAACCAGGGCUACAACCGCUCACUGGACAUGUGGUCGGUCGGCGUCAUUAUGUAUGUCAGCCUGAGUGGGACAUUCCCCUUUAAUGAGGACGAAGAGAUCAAUGACCAGAUCCACAAUGCAGCCUUCAUGUACCCUCCGAACCCCUGGAAACAGAUCUCCAAUGAUGCAACCGACUUGAUCAACAACCUGCUGCAAGUUAAGAUGAGGAAACGCUACAGCGUGGACAAGAGUCUCAGCCACGUAUACCUCCAGGACUAUCAGGCGUGGUUGGAUCUGCGGGAACUGGAGACUAAACUCGGCGGCCGUUAUAUCACCCACGAGAGCGAUGACAGCCGCUGGCAAAUGUUUGCCCGUGAACACACGCUGCCUUACCCUGCUUACCUUGUGCCUCCGUCUCCUGCCCCCGCCUCUGACGACGAGGAGGGCGGGGAGGAUGCAGAUGUGCAAGGCCUCACUGAAAGAGUCAGCAUCCUUUGACGAGAGAGAGACAGAGGACUCCCAUUCAUUUAGGAGGGAGAAGGAGGCCGACCUAGAGCCUAAGAGAGACAAGUUGUAUGGUAAUAAGAAUAGUGGCCAGCUGUUAAGACUUUCACAGCACACCAUCGGUUUGGAAGCACUCAAUUUUACAACAAGAAAUCCAAUGUAUCUCCUUAGGCAAGUUUAAAAAAAAAAAUUUUUUGCCUCUGGUCGUCUUUCAUCUUUUGAAUUGUUGGACAAUUUUCAUGACGAAGACUGCUAGACUCUUUUUCACAUCCUCUGUGCUGCUGACUCUUUACACAGUAUGACAUUAGAGUAAACUUUAAAUCUGAAUUUCUCACACAAAUAAAAAGCAGCAAGUUCUUUUGCUUAAAACUAAAUGAAGCAGGAAAUGCCACUUCUUCACAGGCGAUAAAGUAGUCGUGUCGGUUUGCAUUGAGGUUUUUUUUCAAAACAAAUAAUGGUGAAUAUUGAAAAUGAAAUUGCUUCCCAUUAAAAGAGAAGUACCAUUUGGUUUUGGCGUCAUUUAAUUGGACUGACAGGAAUUUCAGUCUCUUUUAUGUCGUCUAUAAAGACCGGUUCAAUCUCUUUCCGGUGACAAAAGGCUUCCUCUGUGCUGGUAAUUACUGAUGUGCAGAAAUGUCAAACUCAUCGACAUUCACAAAUCCAUCCCCAUAAUUGAAUGGCCUUGAGUGAAAACUGGAGGUAUUGAUCUGGUGACAGCAAAUUCUCCGGUAAUUACCACAAGCUUUGAGCCACAAUAGGCUCUUAGAAAAAGCAUGUGAUUGAACUUAUUAUAGCAGUCCAUUGCCUAAGUUGCCCACUCUCAUCAGACUGUUGUGUAUUUAAUUGUUAAAUAAUAUGUCCUCACAGUUGCGUGUACAUAAGUGUACAAAUACUGCCUAUGAAGGAAGAACUUUUACAUCUAGCAGGUAAAUGGAUGCUUUUUUAAAAAAAAACACACAGCUACUUGUGUACUGUUAAGAGCCAACAUCUUCCUAUGAUAUAAGUGCAUAGACAGACAGUAUGUAGUUUGAUUGACUACCUGUCAUGUCAAUAUGUUGCAUGUCUCUGUUAUGUAGUAGAAUUAUCUAGAUACAAAAGAAAACAUGUAGUUAGGAUGGUCUAUUAUACCCAUGUGUAACCUGAAGUGUAUGUAGUUGUCAAAUGUGCGUAGACUGUAGCCCAUGUUUGAAAGACCAUCCUAGCCUUGGUAACAGGUCAACCCUUGAACAAUAUUAUUUUUUUUGUCUUGGAUGUUACAUGUAUUCAUCCGUACAUAACUGUCUUCUAGAAAUGGUCAUUUACAGCUUUCUCAAGAGAAAGCACAAAACUGAGCAGUGAUGGAUAUGUGAUUAUGAUUCACUAUUAUCAUUACUGUCAGUAAGGUUUAGGACCUCUUCAUUAUUCAGAAAUAAAAUGCAAUGCUAGUGUGA